AGACGUUCUCUCUUCUCCGCUAAUGUAAUUUCUGUAAGGUGGGCCACUUUAUGCAACUCUAAGUUGUGAACCUUUUGUAAGACCCUUUAAUGCUCUCUGUCUGCAAGCUUCUUUCCCCCCUCAUCCGACCACCAGUCAGGAGCUAUCAUUUUAGUUGUAUCAUCGCUUCGUCCAAAGAGCUACGGUAACACCAUAUUAAGCCCAGGGACCGCUCUUUACGACGGUUUAAUAGUGCUUUGAGAUUUCGUGUGGACAGAACGCCUCCACACGUUAUUAGUGGGAAGUCAAAAACUUGACGAUAAGUUCAGUAAUAUUCGCCAAUUCAACGACAUUUCAGCUUUCAAUCGAUCAACUAGUACCGUCUUUUUCAGCUUUACCCUUGUUUGUAUCUUAAAACAGAAAUUGGCCUAUAGGAUCUAUUUCUCCGGUUUUCUGUUUGAAUCAUAGCGUAUACAGGGAAAUCAUUUUCCUAACAGUACGAUUUUAGAAAUUGCGUAUUUCGGGUGUCUUCCUACUCUGCGAUGCUGAAAUUAUCAGCUCUCGUGGAGGAAAAGCUUUUUGAGAUUUUAGACGAAAAGGUAUUCUCGUGGUACGCUAAUCGUAUUAGUCAAAAUGCUUCCUUCCCGACAGAAUGUAUUGAUCUUGUAAAAAGAAUUCUUGACAAGAUUGACUCUCGAUUCUCGAAAAAGGAUGCCUUUGAACUGCUGUUUUUUAAAAUUCCUUGGAUUCUUGGUGAGCAUUUGGAUUGCAUGCAACAAUCUAUGAGUAGAUUACGAUCAGCACGCGGCAGUCGACACAGUCUUGGAGAACUUUAUCACCAGCAGUUUCCACAUAUUGCUAUGAAUAGUGAGGAAAACGAGUUACUUUAUUGUCGACUAAUUUUGCGUAACACGUUAAAGCUAUUGCUUCCACCUCCGAAUGUGAAAAGCAAAGUUGAGUUCGUCAUUUUACAAGAUAUUUUAGCUAGUGGAGUUCAUCGACUCAUUGUCGCGACAUCAAAACCCAAUUUCUAUUAUUCUGCUUUAAUGCGUGUCGUUGACUUCGUCGUGAACUCACCCAAAAGUUCCUUGCUUAUCCGUGCAAAGGCACUUCUCUUUAAUCUCUCGAGGGCAAUGUAUAUAAUUGCAACCACUGAGGGCCUCCAUAUAUUUUCUGUGCAAUGGUUCCGUGUAUUUGUACGGCUGUUUACUUUGUGUCGGAAAGAACAAUUUCGUGACACCACUACUGUUUCUAGUAUAUUGGCUUACGCCUUCCUUUUUCCUUGGUUUGUGGUAGGCGCUGCUGCUAUUGCCGAAACUGUAGUUGUCACAGCCAUCGUUCUUGUCCUCGACAGAAUGACUGUUCGUGUAAACACUUCAGCUGAGAAAGUCACAGCAACAACUACACUACAUUCGAUGGCUUCACGGCGCUAUGUGAAACGGAAAACAGGUGAAACACUUCGUACCCUCAGAGCGCGCGAUUUACACAGACGUAGAUUCAAGGAAAACCUUAGCGAACCACCAAACGUGUCCCUUUGUCCUCCGCGGCAUGAUAUGCACAAGCGAACAGUGUCUGUAUCAACUCUUGCUAGCGGCGAAUUUCUUCCUAUGCAAAGCGCUGGAUCGUCUUCCGUUUCCUUAUCCAAUGUCAUUCCCAAGGCUCAGUUUGUUCAACCCUCGAGUACACAAUCAUCAUUACACCUACCUUCCGACUCCUCACCAUCUAGUUCUGGUGCUCACGCUGCACUGAAAAGUGCCUCGCAAUCUAAUGGAUCCAGUCGGCCUUCUAGUGGCACAACAAUGGAUGGAAGCACAAUAUUCACACCUUCAUACUCUAAUGCUUAUGAUCAUGCGCUGGAUGAAAUAUCAAAGCUCCCGCUGUUACCAGACAUAUUAUCAACCGAAAAGCUUUUGUUUUUGGUUCACGAUGAGUAUCGAACGAAACAUGUAAUGUACUCACUUCUUGAUAUCAUUGUCUGUACUUUGUUCCCUGAACUUUCUAGCGACACUCCUCAGUGAGACAAACGAUUUGAAACGGGUUAAAUUUACUCUCACAUUUUGCUCCAAUUUCUUUUUGUGCCGUUCACUUCCAAUACUUCGAUGUUCCUCAUUUCAUGUUUUUUAAACCGAAGGCUACGAAUUUUAAUAAUGAUAGAUACCCUUGCAUAACAUAUAUUAUAAUUUU